AGUUCAUGAAAGGAAUUCAAAAAUAAAUUUUUUGGACUUAACUUCCGUUUUGCAGGAGCCGGGACCCGCUUGCUGCUACCGUCGCCAUCUUUUUUGCGUCUCUCUUGGCGUCGCAUCUAGUUCUUUUUCGGCUCCCGAAUUUCUCUCUAAAAUCAAUAUAAACAAUGGCAGACAACGAGGACCUUCUCGAUUAUGAGGAUGAGGAGCAAACCGAGACCACCCUUGGUGAGACUCCUGAUGGAGCCGCUAAGAAGGAGGUCAAGGGCACCUACGUGUCCAUCCACAGCUCCGGCUUCAGGGACUUCCUCUUGAAACCAGAAAUUCUCAGAGCCAUUGCUGACUGUGGGUUUGAGCACCCCUCCGAAGUCCAGCAUGAGUGCAUCCCGCAGGCUGUGCUGGGCAUGGACGUUUUGUGCCAGGCCAAAUCUGGCAUGGGAAAGACGGCUGUGUUUGUGUUGGCCACGUUGCAGCAGCUCGAGCCAACUGAGAACGUAGUUUACGGCCUGGUCAUGUGUCAUACGCGCGAGCUCGCCUUCCAGAUUAGCAAGGAGUACGAGCGUUUCUCCAAAUACAUGCCCAACGUCAAGGUUGGUGUGUUCUUUGGUGGCUUGCCCAUCCAGAAGGACGAGGAAGUGUUGAAAAACAACUGCCCGCACAUUGUGGUCGGCACCCCCGGCCGAAUCUUGGCGCUUGUCCGCUCCAAGAAACUGAAUUUGAAAAAUCUGAAAUAUUUCAUCCUGGACGAAUGUGACAAAAUGCUUGAGCAACUUGACAUGAGGCGUGACAUCCAGGACAUUUUCCGCGCUUCUCCGCAUGAGAAGCAAGUCAUGAUGUUCAGCGCCACAUUGAGCAAAGAAAUCCGACCAGUUUGCAAGAAAUUCAUGCAAGAUCCCAUGGAAGUGUACGUGAACGACGAGGCCAAACUCACCCUGCACGGUCUGCAGCAACAUUAUGUCAAACUGAAGGAAAAUGAGAAGAACAAAAAGCUCUUUGAGCUGCUUGACAUCUUAGAGUUCAACCAGGUGGUGAUUUUUGUCAAGUCAGUGCAGAGGUGCAUGGCCCUGGCGCAGCUGCUGACUGAGCAGAACUUCCCUGCCAUCGCCAUCCACCGAGGAAUGACACAAGAGGAGCGCCUGUCGAGGUACCAGCAGUUCAAAGACUUCCAGAAGCGUAUACUGGUUGCGACUAAUCUGUUCGGCCGAGGCAUGGAUAUUGAGCGAGUCAACAUUGUAUUCAACUAUGACAUGCCCGAGGACUCCGACACCUACUUGCACAGAGUGGCGCGCGCCGGACGUUUCGGCACUAAAGGUCUUGCCAUCACCUUCGUCAGUGACGAGAAUGAUGCUAAAAUUCUGAACGACGUGCAAGACAGAUUUGACGUCAACAUCACAGAAUUGCCUGAUGAAAUUGAUCUCUCUUCAUACAUUGAAGGACGCUAGGCCGCCUGACCACACUCACCAUUCCGAGAGAUCGUUGUAUAGCAUCUGCAUUUUACUGUGGCCCACUCAAAUCUGUAGUCCACUUCAUUUUACCGUCAUGAAUAAUUUCUUAAUGUAUGAAAUGAAAUGGUGCGUUUCUUUUCUACCCGUUUAUGGCAGAAUUAAUCGAUUUGUACUAGUUCUACGAUAAUAAAUAUGAACUACCUGGGAGUUCCAUGAUUCUGCCUUCCGCCAAACAAUUUGAAAUACAUUUCAUCGCAAUCUAGUGGUCUCUGUUAAACUUGCUUGAAAGCACCCAGGUGAAAGUGCACUUUGAAAUAAGACAGAUGGAAUAAAGACUAAUAUUAAUUGAA